GGUAGGUAGGUGGCUUGGGAGAGUUCCAGGCAGGUUUAUGGUAGUAUAAAGAAGUUAGCUACGCUGGCAUUGAGAUGUCGCCCUCGUCUCGAUAGUCCGGCCAGCAUCCCUCCGACAUGGACGAUCACACAGUGUGUGCCUGUAACAUCCGGCUCCGCGAGCUGAUCCACUUUUUUGACCCCUUGAUAGAGGACAACAAGGCGGUCGGGGUUUUCCUAUUAUAUGUAUACAUGUACCGCGCAAGAAUUCCGUAAGCGUGGAAAGAAGCAGGAAGGGAUCCUUUUCAAUCCACAGCCGGAAGACCGCGGCCCCGAGUACGACACGCCAUUAAUCUACACGAUGGGAGACACAGACUCGACGCCGGCAGCUCCAAUGGCAUCUCAAGAUGAAAGAGCGUCGCUCACCUCUCGGACCAUACCGACCAUGACGCUUUCCACCGCCGACAACCCGCUCACGGCUCCGCUACCGCCGCUUCCGCCAUCGACUUUGCCGGCCGAACGAGCAGCUGCACGGUUCCAAUGCGAGGAGCGUGCCGUACUCACCGGAGGAGCAGGCGCACUAGCAUUGGCUUCGGCGCGAGCUCUCCUGGAGCACGGCGUCAGGUUCAUGAUUCUCAUGGACUUACAGUCAACAAUUGACAAGUCGGCAUCCGAAAUCUCGGCACUCCGAAGGGAAUUCCCUCACAAGACCAUCGAGACCAUCCAUGUCGACGUGACGUCGGAACAAGAGGUCGGGUCGGCAUUCAUCCAGGCUUACCAGUGGAUGGGUGGCAUAGAGAUAUUAUGCUGUUUCGCCGGGAUAGUCGACUGUGUCGAUUCUCUUUCUGUCAGGGCCUCACAGUUCCGUAAAGUCGUCGAUGUCAAUCUGACAGGUUCUUUCCUUUGCGCCAAAGCCGCGGCGCAUUGGAUGGUGGACCAGAAAACUGGGGGCUCCAUCCUGUUUACCGCGUCGAUCUCUGCUCAUUCAACAAACUAUCCUCAGCCCCAGGUGGCCUACAACAUUAGUAAGGCCGGCGUGGCACAUCUCACCCGCAAUCUGGCGGCAGAAUGGGCCGUUCACGGUAUCAGAGUCAACAGCAUAUCUCCGGGUUACAUGGAUACAGUGCUCAACGCUGGGGACAAUCUGAAGCCAGUCCGUGACAUCUGGGCCAGCCGAUGUCCCAUGGGUCGAAUGGGAGAUGUCGAGGAAAUCACGGGCGCUGUCGUCCUGCUCAGCAGCAAGAGGGCGGGAAGGUACCUCACAGGCGCCGACCUGUGUGUUGAUGGCGGUGCCAUGUGCUUUUGAACAACGUCCUGCAGACACUGCAUGCGAAGAAAAUGGCAGCCACAGCGCCAAUAAGGGAUGGACCACUCCACGAUGCCUAUAAAAUCCUGGAGCUCUUGGACAAUUAAUAGUUCAAAUAGCAGAGAACAGUGGAUAGGCUCAUCAGGUCGUGAUAGUUGCCCUCGACUGAGCUUUUAGUGCAUCGUCUGCUUGUUAUCGAGCUCGGUGACAGACAUGCCCAAUGGUCUCACUGGUCGCUGCGCUCACCACUUGGGACACCCAGCCUUGUCUCCUUCGUCUCAGCCUUGUGUAUACGUCGUGGGCAGGGUGACCCAUGAACCACAUCGUAUCUGAGCAUUUGUAAGUCGGAGACACGAUAAUCUAGACCGCACAGCCGUAGCCUCCCUGCUCUCUGCAGGAAAAUGAGUUUGAACAUUAGUUUGAGCAGAUGCACC